AUGCCACAUUUGUUCAUUAAUCAACAAACUAAAACUAAUACAAAUGAUGGAUUGUCAUCAGUUAUUGAUACUUAUGCCGAUGCAAUAUUACGUACAUUUGCUUCUCUUAAACCACCAUCAUCAAUUACAUUAAUUACUUCACGAAAACAUCAUCAUCAUCAUUCUCAUUCUAUUCUACCAACAGUAAUAAACAGUUCUUUGGAUAAUCAAUUAAUAUUAAGUGAAACACCUUCAUUAUCAUCAUCAUCUGCUUCUUCUUCUUCAUCAUCAAUUAAUGAAAAUCAAUUUACAUUAAAAACACAUUUACCAUUAGUUACAACGAAAAAUCAAUCAUUAAAAACAUUUCAACGAUUAAUUUCACGUUUAGAUAAAAUUUAUAAUAAUAAAAAAAUGUCAACUAAAACUUUACUUCCAUCAUCACAUAUAAAUGAUCGUUAUUUUUUUCCUUCAUAUUCUCAUAAUACAAGAAAAACAAGAUUAUCAUCAAAAAAUAAAUUAGAUAAUACAUCACCAUUAUUAAGAAAACGUUAUAAAUUUUCUUCAACAAAUACUAAUAAAAAUAUUUAUAAAUUUCCAACAAAUCAAUUUGAAAAACGAUCAUAUUCAAUAGAUUCUGAUCGAUAUUAUUUUCCAUCAAAGAAUUCAAUUAAAAAUUCACAACAAACAUUAAAAUAUAAACCAAAAACUAAUAAUUUCGAACAAUAUUCAGUUACAUACAUAGAUGAUACAUCAACAUUUAUUUCUGAUACACCUUAUCAAUUUUCAACAACAACAGAAACAAAACAAUAUCCAAGUACAACAUCAACAUAUCUUCAUUCACAAGAUACAUCAACAUAUCAACAUGAAAAAUCUCAAAGAACAUUAGAUGGUUUUUCAGAUUCAUCAUUGCAUACCUCAAGUAUAAGCCCUGAUUUUCGACAAACAAAACGAUUGGAUACUGUUACAUCAACAAAUGGUUCAUUAUCAAAAAUAAAACGAUUACGAACAGAAAAAAUUCCAAAUGUACAUUUCGAACCAUCAUCAACAACAGUACAUUCAUAUUUAAAUGAAGCACGUGAUCGUUUAUCUGUAAAACGAUAUGAUCAAUCACCAGAAUCAUUUGAAAAAUCAGUUGAUCGUCUUGUUUCAUCAGUAAAUAAAAAAUAUGGACAACAACAACAACAACAACAAAUAAUUUCACCAUCUAAUUUAUCAACAUUAAAUUAUAUUAGUCAAUAUUAUAUAAAAGAUGAUCAAACAUUAAUUGAUUAUCCAUUAGAUAUUGAAAUUGAUGAUGAACAAAAAAAAUUUUAUUAUAAUUUAAAUACAAAUCGUACACAUACACAAAUAAUGAAAAAUUUAAAUAAAAGUUUAAUUAAUUAUGAUUAUCAAAUAGAUAAAAAUCGUUUAAAAUAUUUACAACAAAAUGUUCGUCGUUGUUUACGUUCAUAUGAAAAUCAAACAUUACAACAUGAAUUAAAUUAUAAUUUAUUACGUUGUUUUUCAUCAUCUUAUUUAGAUGAUUUAAAACGUGAAAAUAUUCGUUAUAUUCAUACACGUAAUAAUUUAUAUUCAUAUACAUAUGAAGAUAUUCAAGAUAUUUAUGUACCAUCUAUAUUAGAAGCUUAUAAAAUGAAAAUAAAUAUUGAUCGAGAAAAAUCUCAUCGUUUACCAUUAUCAAUUACUACAGAAUCAUUAUCACCAAUGUCAUCAUCAGGUUUUAGUCCAAUUAUGAUUGGAAGUUUCAAUGACAAUUUAGAUACACAAUCAACAGGUUUUGAAACUGAUCGAAAAUCAUAUACAUCGAUAUCUCAACCAGUAACAAAUAUUCAUCCAAAUAGGGAUUUAUUUUAUGAAAUAAUGCAAGAAAAUUUUCUUGGUAUUGAUGCAUCUAUUGCUGGUCAUGUAUCAAAAGCAACACAAUGUAAAAGAGAAAAAUUAUCUCAUCAAUAUUAUAGAAAAACUCGUCAUACAGAUAGUGAUAUAGAUAUUCAAACAUAUUCAUCAAUUUGGUCUGAUGAUGAUGAUGAUAAUAAUAAUACUAAUGAACUAGAUGAAAAUUAUUAUCAUAUAGAAAAAACUAAUCAAAAACAAAUAAAUUCAAAUCAACGAAAAAUUUCACGUUAUUUAUCAACAGUUAAUCGUUCAUUACUUGAUCAUCCAAGUGAUUUAAUAGCUGAUUUUUAUCUUUCACAAUUAAAUCGUAAUAUGCAAGAUAGUGUUCGACAUAUUGAAUUAAUUUCAUAUGAUAAAGCUCAUAAACAAGAUUUUUUUAAUAAUUAUACAAAAAAAUUAGAACGAAGUUUAUCAGCUGAACAUUUAUAUCAAGUACGAAAAGAACAUAUACGUUAUAAACAAUCAUUUAAAACACCAACAUCAUUUACAACUGAAGAUGUUACUGAUAUUUAUAAACCAUUUGUAUUAGAAAAUUAUAAAAGAAAAAUUGCUAUUGAACUUGAAAGACGUCGACGUAUACGACAAGAACAAUAUCAUUUAAAUAUAGUUACUUCAUCUAUACAUAAUUCUGAAAUAGAUUUAAGUAAUAAUUUAAUUAAAUAUUCUCAUCCACCAAUUAUUAAUAUUCAUCAUCAAUCUCAAUCUCAUGAUUUUAUUACUACAACACCUUCAAAUGUUGUACAAACAAAAGAAAUUAUUAUGGGUCGUGCACGUCGAACAUUAAUUGAUGAUGGUAGUAAUGAAAUUAUUCAUCAUGUUGGUAUUAUUUCACCACCACCAAUCUAUUCUAUUCUUAUACCAUCAACAUCACAAAUAAAUACAACAAUUUAUGAUCAACAUGAAAUUCCACAUAUAACAACUGUUGAUCCACCUGAUUUUAUUGAUCAAAAACAAAUAUAUAUUCGACAAGAACAAGAUUAUAGUGAUAAAAUUAUUGAUACAUCACGACAGGUCAUUAUAUCACAUUCUCCAUAUCGUCCAAAAACAAAAAUCUACACACAUCUACCUCAUUCGAAAAUAAAUCAAAUCAGUCAAGCUAAACAAAUUGAAACUGAAUCUGACACUAGAAAAUUAUCUACAAUUACUAUAACACCUAUUAUAACAUUAAAUCGAUAUGAAGUCAAUCAAUUUAAUGAAUUCAUACAACAAACUAAAAAUUUUCAAAUUCCUCAAGAUAAUUAUCAACAUGCUAUGCUUCUUGUUCCAUCUGAACAACCACUUUCAUUAGCUGUUCAAUCUAAUAAUGAACAAAUUACACAAUAUAUUGAACAAGAACAAAAACAUGAACAUAGUACUUUAAAAAUUCUUAGAAAUGAACAUAUGACUGUAAUUCAAGAAGAAAUUCCAAUAUUCGAAAAUGUUCAAACAAUAUCAUCAAAUACUUUUGCAAAUGAUAUAUUAUCUGAUAUUGAUGUUUCUCUACAUAUUUGUCAAAGAAAUAAACAACCAACUAUAUUAAAUACAUCAGAACCAUUCAAUGAACGAAAUGAUAAAAUUUUAUUGAAUGAAGAAACUAAGGAUAUUGAUGAACAAUUACCUGUAUAUGAAAAAGUAACUAUUACAAAUGAAAUUUCAUAUGCUAAUCUAUUUGCACAACCGUUAAAUGUUCAAGUAUUCGAUGAAUUUGUUCCACUUGCUUCACUUCUUGAAGAAUCGAAUACUACUACUACUAUACAUAAACAACAUGCUAAACAAAUAAUUGAUGAUUGGAAAACUUAUGAAAAAGUUCAAGAAAAUAUUCGUAUGUCAAUUAUUAUCGAUGAUAAAGAAUGGAUUGAUGAAAGUAUUCAUACAAUUUCUAAUGAAUUUCAAUCAAUUAUAGAAAAUGCAGAAAAUAAAAAUUCUGAUAAUUUUGAAUAUGAACAAAUAAAAAUAAAUUUACCCGAACAAUUUCUUAAUAAAUCUAUUAUAAAUAAUCAAAUAUCUGAAAAAUUACUUAAAAAUUCUUUUGAACAACAAAUAAUUGAUAAUGAUGAACAAGUUAUAUCUUUAUUAGAUGAUUCAUAUUUAAUUCAACAACAAGCAAAUAUUUUUAUUGAUGAACAACCUUAUUUAGAAAAUUCUAUUCAUAUUCAAAAUAUUUUAAUAUUAAAUUAUCCUAAUCAUAAUUAUAAACAAACAUAUAAAAAUAUUCAACAACAAGAAAAAAAAUUUUUAAAAAAAAAUCAAGAACAAUCAUUAACAAUAUCAUCUGAUCAUAUUGAAAAAUUUUCAAUUGAUUCACAAAUAUCAUCAUUUAUUGAUAUGGAAACAUUUCUAAAUCAUUUUGAAGAAUGUCUUGAUCAUGAACAACAUUUACCAUUAAUUGAUCAAAUAUCUCUUUCUUAUGUAACAUCAAAAAUUGAAAGAUGUGAACAAAAAAAUCAUGUAUUACCAAUUCAAUGGUUUAAAUCUAUUAUUCAAUCACAAGAUGAACAACUUGUUGAACAAUGGACUGUUGAAAAAGAUAUCGAUACUAUUCAACAUGAGAGUACUUUACAUCGACAACCAAUUGAAUUGAUAAAUAAUACUGAGUAUAUGAAUUUUCUUACUACAAAUAUUUUUCCAAUGAAUAAAAAAUUUGAAGACGAAGAAGAAGAAGAAGAAGAAGAAAAUUCAAGUCUAAGAAAUAUUGAAGAAAAUAAUUACAUGACAGACAUUCUUACAUAUUGUUCUCCAACAAGUGACUAUGAAACAGAUUCACUAGACAAAGAUAACGAUAUCGUUACUUCAAAUAUCAACAAUGUUGUUAUCAUUCCUAUAACAUCUACAACAAAUAUUUUACCUACGUCUUCUAUCACAAACACAACUUUAUCAUCAUCAUCGCCAUUAACAUCAUAUACAGCACCAACAACCGUACCAGUUGUCUAUUUUCUUGAUGCAUUAGCAACUGAAAUAAAUCAAAUAAAUAAUCCAACAAAAAAUUUUUUAUUAACAAUUGGUUUUGGACAAAAUGAAAUGAAUAAAACAAUGAAUGAAACAACAGAAAAUAUUAUUUCAAAUAUUAAUGAUCAACUACAACAAGCAACAUGGAUUAAUCGUCCAUUAGAAUCUAUUGAAAUUUUACCAACAAUUAUUCAUCAUGAACAAGAAACAAAUAUUUCUUCAAUACAAGAACAAAUUUUUUUUGCUACUGAAAAUCAAAUUGAUAAAGAUGAAACUGCACUUUUAAUUUAUCCAUAUCGUUUACAAUAUGGUUAUGAUUUAAAUGAAAAUAUACAAGAAUCAUUAAAUUCAUUUUUAGAAUCAUCACAUAUACAUUUACCAAUAAUCGAUGAAAUUUAUACAUAUCAAAUAAGUUUUCAUAAUGAUUUUUCACUUUUUCAUCCACCAGAUAGAUUACCACAUAUGCUUUCUUUUGUAAUACAAGAUGAUGAAAUUAUUUCACCAAGUGAAUAUGAAAUAAAUCAACAAGAAUUAUUAUCUUUUGGUCGAAUACAUAAUCUAUCCGAUGAUGAAAAAGAUGUUCAAAUAACUUCAUUUAAAUAUGAUCAACCAACGUAUAUAGAUCAUUAUCAUAUUCAAUCAUUAUAUCCUUUUCCUGAACCAUGUUAUGCUGAAAUAAUUCAACCUGAUUUUAUUAUAAAAAAUGAUAAUAAUGAAUUUUUAUCAGAGAUUCGUUCAAGAAAAUAUAAUAAAUAUGAGAAUGAAUCUAAACUAAAUCAAUACGAUCAAACUGAUUUAAUGUUACAAAACGCAAUCAAUAAUAAAAUAGACCAUGAAUAUAAGAAAUUAAACAUUCCAACAUCAACAAAACCCGUAGAAGAAGCAAAUGCUUCAACACCUCGUGGUGCAACAAUUAGAUUAACCGUAGAAUAUCGAAUUCGUCCACCGGCUCCAACUGAAUCCGGUCCUAUAUAUGAAGAUGUAUCAAUGAAAAAAACUGUUGAUGUUAAUAUGGGUACAAGUGGUCAAUAUAAACAACAAGCAACAUAUAAUUAUGGAAGUGAAAAAGAUCUUACAACAAAACAUUCUAUUAUUGAACGUACACCUGUUAUUAUGCAAGCUCCAUUAAUAUCAACUCAUAUUAAUAGAAAAGAUGAUAAUAUACUUGUACCAGAAACAAUUAUUGAACAUAUAAGUGAAGAUGAAAAAUCAAUAACAAGUGAAGAAGCUUUUUUUGAAGAAUGGAGUGAAGAAUUUCGUUGUCGUCGUACAGAUGAAUAUGAUCAAAAUACACAAAAAUUAAUUCGUUCAAUAAUUGAUGAAACAAGUGAACGUAUUAAAAGUGAUGUUAUUAAAGAAGAAUAUAAAGAAAAAAAUGUACGUAUUAAACGACAUAAAAGUUAUGAUAUUGUUAAAGAAGUUCAACGAAGUGUACCAUCAAGUACAAUAAUACCUAUUGAUCAAGUACAAACUAAUAUUUUUGAGGAGAUUCAUCAACCUCCUCCUCCUCCUCCUCCUCCUUCUUCUUCAUCAUUUCCCUCAUUACCAAUAACGAUGACGAUACCAUCGUCAUCAUUAUCACAAGAUCGUCAAUGGACUACAGAAGAUACUUAUACAGCAGAAAUUGCUUAUAAUUCAAAACUUGCGAAAGAUAUUGAAUCACAAACACAAAAAUUUGAUUCAUCAUUAUCAUCAAAAACUUAUGAUCGUGUACGUCCUGGUCGAUAUUCACCUAUACCAUCAACAACUCAAGCUACUAUAUCAACAAUUCCAUCAUCACAUUAUGAACGUGUAUCAACUAUUGUAACACCAACAACAUUACAUUAUCCUGAAAAACGAAAACAAGAACAUGAAGAUUUUAUUAGUGAAGAAUAUCAUGUUGAAAUUGAUACACCAAAAAUUCGACAUGAAACAUCAGAAGAUGAUUUAGGUGAUAGUUAUAUUACAACUACUCAAACAUCACCUAUUCGACGAGAUUCAGAUUGGAGAAAUAAACUUAGAGAAAUCUAUGCUCCAACUUCGGAUGAUGAUCGAUAUGAUCAGUAUAAAAAAUAUUUCGAUCGAAAUUAUAUUGCUCAACAUGCAUCUAUGACUCCAUCAUAUACUCAACAACGUUUUAAAGAAAUUGAAUUUCAAAUUCCUCGACGUGAUAGAACAUAUAUUGAUCAACGAAAAUUUAAAUCAAUACCAGACAAAAAAAAAUCUUAUUACUCAUCCAUAGAUGAAAAUGAACAGAAAAAGAAAAGAGUCUAUUUUGUUGAUUCUACAACACGAGAAAAACCUAUUUCAACAUCAUCAAUUGAUGAAGAUGAUCGUCGUCGACAAUCACCAAAAUAUAUACCUUCAUCAACUAUCGAUGAACAUCGAAAACAAUAUGAACAAAUUACAACUAAAACUGAUCGACCAUCAUUUGGUCGUGUUGAUGAAUUAAAAAAUACAUUUGAAUCAACUCGUAAUGGCUUUAUUAAAGAUGAUAAUACAACAAAAUAUCAAUAUUCAAUAACAACAAAUGGUUUAACAGAACAACGACGAAAACUUUUUGAAGAACGUGAACAAACAAAUAAAGAACGGACUCGACGACCGAUCAAUGAAUUUGAUUCAAAUGAACGUCGUAUGAGUGAAACUCAUACUGUACCAUCUAUUAUUACUGAUCGUUUAUCUCAUAUUGAUAGUAUUGAAUCAAAAUCAACAUCACGUAUACAACCAAGUGAACAUCUUGGUAAAAAAGAAUUUGAUGCUAUUACAUCUAAACUUGAAUCAUCAAUAAUAAAACCAAUACCACAAACAACAAUUGAUAUACAAAUAAAAAAAAAACAAGCUCAAUCAACAAUUGAUUCUGAUACAAGUCGAUUAUUACAAACAACAACAACACCAAAAUCAACUAAACAAAUACAUGUUGAAGAUGCUGGUCAUGAAAGUGAAGAUGAAUUAAGUGAUGCAAAACAAAAUUAUGAUUUACGACGACGUACAUCAAAAACACGUCUACGAGAUUAUUCACAAAAUACAUUACAACCAAUUGAUAAUACAAAUUUAACUGUACAACAAACAACAACUAAAUUUAAUGAAAGAAAUAUGGAAAAUAUACUUUCACAUGUACCAAUAAGUAAAGGUAAAGGUAUUCUAGUUGAACUUGCAUCUGAUCUAUCUCCAAUUUCAACAAAAUCAAUUCAUGAUCAAAAUAAAUCAAAUAUUACAACUGAUUCUGGUAUAUAUGAACAAACAACGACAACAAGUCAACAAUUACGAACAAGUUCACCUUCUUGGCGUCAGAACGUAUCAACAUCUAUUACUGAUGAUGCAACACGUACAUAUGAAAAUGGUGUUUAUAUUGAUUCAACAACACCAUCAACAAUUUCAUCUUAUGCUCGACGACAAACUUCCGAUACUGAUCAAACACCAAUUCAAAAUCUAGAUGAUUCUAUAUCACGAUCAACAUAUAAAUAUAGUACUGAAAUUCCUCCAAGUGAACCAAUACAUACGCAUCCUCAACAACGAACUGUUCGACGACAAUUAAUAAGUUCAACAUCAGAUGAUUAUGAAAAUCUAUCAAAUUAUCAAAGUGGAAUUGAUAAAAAAGGUAAAGUUCCAAUAAUAACACAAUCACGUUCAAGAAAACCAUUAGUUGUUGAUGAAAUUGAAACAAUUGAAACUGAAACACAUGUUGAAUGUCAAGUACAACGAACAAAUGAAAUAAAAGAAUCAAUAAAAACUGAACGAAUAUCAAGUCCAAUAAGUUCAUCGAAAAAAAUUUAUUCAACAUAUAGUUCAUCUGAUGAAACAACAACAACACCAACAAAACGUAUUUUAGUAGAUGAACGACCACAAUAUUAUGAAUCAACUAAAACUACUGAUUCAUCAAUACAUGAAGCAAUACCAGUUCGUAUUGAACCAACAUGGUUUAAACCAAUUGAACGUGAACAAUCUCAAGAAAAUAUACGUCAUAGUUCAUUAACACGAACAAAUAAUAUUAAUACACAUACAAUGGAAGUAACAUCAUUAAGUCCACAUAAUCAAAUUAUAUUUGAUAAACAUUCACCAAAUGAAAUUGUUGCAAUUGUUCGUGUACCUGAACUUAUUAGUGAUGUUAAGAAAAAAACAACAAUACGUCAUGGUAUAAGUGAACCUGAACUUAGUGAAAAAAUCAAACAAGAUGAAGGACGUUCAAGAUCACAUUAUCAACGUGCACAUGCAACAAAUUAUUUACCACCAUCAAUUAGUCAACAAUAUAGACAACGACAAGAUCGAUCACGAAUUGGUCCUACUGGAACUAAACGUGACUAUUCUUCUCAAAUAAGUUAUCCAACACGUUCUUCAUCUUAUCAUUUAUCUUUACACGAUCAAAACCAACAACAACAACAACAACAACAACAGCAACAGCGAUCAUAUUCUCCUAGCUCAAAAUUAACAUAUUAUCCUCAAACAAAAUAUCAUUCUAGUAGUCUUGAUAAUUUAAUAAAUUCGAAUUUAGAUUUUGAAAUUGAAAUUGAAAAACGUCCACCACAAUAUCCACCACAACCUACUGUUAUAUCACUUGAUCAAGAUUCACGUGCCAUUGUAACAACAUCAAAAGAUGGUCGUGUUUCAAUACAAAAUGUUCUUGCACGACCAGGAAAUAUGGUUACAAUUAAUAGUGAUUUUCAUUCAUCAGAUCGUUCAUUAAAUCGUUCAUCUGGUUAUUUUAGUUCCGAUGAAUUUCGUUAUCAAUGUCCUAAUACAAAUUAUUCAAGUGAUGAACAAUCUAAUAGUCCUAAUCAAACAUAUUCAUCAUAUUAUCAUUCUAAACAACCAUAUUAUUUUGAUCAAGUUAAUGAAAUAGUGCAUAAUUAUUCUCAACCAUCAAAUAAUUUUAAUGAAACUAUCGAUCAAAUUGAUGCAUUAUAUAAUAAUCUUGAUAUUCAAACAAAUGAUCAAAUAUAUAAAUUUUCAAAACCAAUAUCAACAAAAAAUCGUCGAAAAGAAUUAUCAAAAAAUUCAAAUGAAUAUUCAAAACGUUAUACAUCAACAGGUUUUCAACAUAUACCAUAUGAACAACAACAACAACAACAAAUGACAUCUAAUAUUGAUAAUAAUAAUAAUAAACAAAAUUGGACAUCAUCAUCACCAACAUUAACCAAUCUUGUUAUGUCAACACCAAUACGACCAUCAAAAUCAUUAUCAUCAUCAGGAAUUAUGGCUGAUUAUGAAACAUCAAAUUCAAUUAGUCCAAAUUCAGGUUAUGGUUCAACACAAAAUAUGAUUGUAUAUCAAAAUCGUUUAAAUGAUCAAUCUCAAAUAGUUCAACGUAAUCGAACAUCAGUUAAACAAGUUAAACAAAAAAAUGCAGCUAAGAAAAGACAUGGAUUAACUCAAGGACAUUAUAGUGAUGAAGAUGAUGAUAAUGAUUCACCAUUAUCAGAUCAUAGCAGUUUAGAACAACGCACACAACCAUCAUCUCGAUUGUACAAUUUUAAUAAUUAUCAUCAAUAA